UGAAAUCAUGAGAUAGAGGGGGAUAUAACUCCCUAGCAGCUCCCAGAUAUCACCUCCACCAUAUCAAACAAACUACCACCAAUAACCUACGUAACCUACCCUCCUCAGCACCAUCCACUCAUAAUGUCCACCACCGCACUCCCCACCAAACCCGUCGCCCUCGUCAUCGGCGCCUCCCGGGGCAUAGGCCGACAAAUCGCCCUCGACCUCGCAAAGAAUAACUACACCGUAAUCGUCGCCGCCAAAACAACUUCUCCCCCGGGCACCAAUCUCAAAAUACCAAACCCCAACUCCCAACACAGUACAAUCCACACCGUCGCCCAAGAAAUCACAUCUCAGGGCGGCACAGCCUACCCCCUUCGCGUCGACGUGCGCUCACCCACCCAAAUCACCUCCCUAGUGACCUCCACCCUCGCACUCACCAACAACCGGCUAGAUGUGGUGGUGUAUAACUCGGGCGCGAUCUGGUGGGGUUCGAUCCGGAAUACGCCCCUAAAACGAUUCCAGUUAAUGCAACAGGUGAAUCCGGAGGGUCUGUAUGCGGUGGUUAUGGCUGUGUUGGAGGUUUUUGAGAAACAGGGGUGGGGGAGGGUGGUGGUGGUUUCGCCGCCGGUUUAUUCGAGGUUUUGGAGGGGGAAGGGGGGGUAUGCUAUGGGAAAGGUGGCGAUGAGUGUACUUACCAAGGCUCUGGCGAUGGAUUUUGUCAGAGAGGGCAAGAUGGAUAUGGCUGUUACUAGUCUUUGGCCGGCUACGGCUAUUGAGAGUGCGGCUACGGAGAUGAAUCCGGGGGGUUCGUUGAAGGAGGAUUUGAGGAAGCCGACUAUCUUCUCUGAUGCCGUUCUCGGGAUUCUGAAUACCCCGGCACAUAUUGUUAACGGUAUGUUGGCCCUUGAUGAAGACUUCCUGCGGGAGUAUUGCGGGGUGGAGGAUUUCUCCAAGUACUCUGUUGUUCCUGGGGCGAGUCCCAGACGGAUAAUGCCCAAGGAGUUUCCUGUGUUGGAGGUGGCGGAGCAGGAUGAUGAGGGGGUGAGGAUGGAUAGUUCGAAGGGGAGAGCGAAGUUGUAGUUUCUUGUUCUGUGAAUAGGAGAUUUACUAUAUUGUGUCAUACUCUUGUCAGGUCAAGUCAACUACCUAC